GGGGCAGUUAUCGCAAAAGUGCCCGGUGUGUAAGAAUCGCUUUUGGCAAAGUACUAAGACAUGACCGCGGAGGUUUUCCUCAAGAGACCCCAUCCGGGGGUACCAUGGGGUUUCCGAUUGAUAGGGGGAUCGGACUCCCAUCUACCCAUUAUAGUCUCCAAGGUUGUUGAAGGAAGUGUCGCUGAGCAGGCGGGAUUAGAGGAGGACGUUCUUCUCGAAAGAGUCAAUAAUGUUCCUACCUCUGGACUAACGCACGCUGAGGUCAAUCAGGUUAUUCUAGCUGCAGAAGAUGAACUUCUCUUCACUAUAAGAAGGGUGGACUUAGAGAAUUUGAUUUUGGCAUCUUUAAACGAAGAAGGAAACAAUUCAGAAAUAUCAAAUAUUUUACGACAGGCAGUAAACAAAAGUACAGUUAUACAAGAAGAAACCGAACUUGAAGAGCUCGGUCUACAAAAAGAAUUUGGUGUGACUAUGAUAAUAGAGAACAAUAAAAAUAUAAGUGAUAUUAACAGAAAAAAAGAGGACAACUCCAACAAAUAUCAAAUACCUCAAAAUCAAGGUAAAAAGUGGACGACUUUCUUGCAGAAACCCAAAAAUCCAAAACCAAGGCCAAAAAAUCAAGCCCCUCCAAUACCAAAGGCAGAUCAAUAUAGAGUAAUAAUCAAAAAGCAACCUAAACCUACGUUUCAACCGAAGGAAAUACAUCAACAAGAAGAGAAAGUAGAAGAAAAGGAACAAACGGUUAUUGAAAGAAUAGAAGAAGUACCAAUGGAGUUAGAAAUAAGCGUAAACAAGCACGUAACAGAAGAAACCGAGAUAACAGUUGAAGAAGCAGAAGAAGACCAAUAUGGGAUGGUGAAUAUUGACCAGUACAAUCAUAACCAAGGUUACGAAGAGGAAAAUGUGGACUAUGUGCAGUAUGAAUCCACCGAAAGCGAGAACAUUUCAACCGAUGUAACUAUUGAAAAUCACCUAGCGGAAAACGCAAUGUCGUUAGAGGAACAACUGGCAGCAGUCCAGAGACAACUACAAGAACUAGCUCAACUACCGUCCUCAAUUCAAGAAACUCUAGCGGUCGUCACCCAGCAACUAGCGCAUAUAGUUGGCGAAAAAACAAACAAUUCCGAAGCAACCGACGAGAGUGAACCAAAUGAAGACAGAGAAAACGAAAACGCCACAAACUUCGACGAUGCAGAAUGCGAGGAAACGGAGGAACAGAAAACCGAUGAAGGGGAAAAACCUGAGGAGGAUCCAGCAGCAGACGUUACUGAUAAAGCAGAAAUGGAAGACGUACAAUCAGACAUCCUCUCUGACAUCUGCGAAGAGCAAGAAGUUUCUGAAACGUUUGAGGAGGCCGAGGAACGUAUAGCUUUAGAGCUAGAGCAACAACGCAUCGAGGAGGAAAAGCAGGCAAAACAUCAACUGGAAGUGCAGCAAGAGGAGGAAAUGAGGAAAAAGAAGAGCACGAUACGCCCGAUCAUCCUGCCCGGCGGCAGGAAAUGGGUAGAUCCCGACGACGUGGUACUGAAGGUGAAAAACCCCAAGAUGACCGACGAGAAAAUCUGCGACACGAUCGAGUCGUUUUCCGAGGUCCUCGUCGGAAAAACGAAAGGAAUCAACUUCUUGAAGUACACGCCGCCCCCGAAAAAUUUGGGAUACCUGCAACAGUCGGAGGUCUACCGCUUGGUCCAUGGAAUGGAACCUCCGGUGAGAGGGAUCAGUUUGAGAUCGGAGAAGAUUCUAGCAGAACAGGACUACUACACGGCCGGUGGUAACUGAAAGAUGUGAAAUUUCCCCAAGUUUUGGGUUUUUUACGUUCCGCCUGCGAAUUGACCAGUUGAUUCUUGUGAAUUUCGAAUAAAUAGUUGUGAAUA